GGCAGCGAGGGAGAGAGAGGGGGAGAGAGCAGUACAGAGGUGGUGAGAGUGAGGAAGGGAUUGAAGGGAAGAGAGAAAGACAUGACAAAAAUAUCAAAAGGCAGAAAGCACGCCGUACCAUGCGAGCUCAAUUGGUGACCGAUGGGAUCGAGGAUGUCGGAUUAAUGGUGACUACCGCAGCCCGUUUUCGCAGAGGAAGCUUCUCUAUUGCAACUUGGGCGCAGAGGGUCCGCGGGGAAACAUGGCCGAAGGAGGGCCGGGUAAAGGUGGCGGAGAAGACCCCGCCAAGUCCACCGAGCAGGAGGACCGGACUCGACCUCAGAUCCUGUCGGGAUCGGGCUUCUGCAAGUGGUUCAACGUCCGGAUGGGCUUUGGAUUUAUCUCAAUGACCAACAGCGAAGGGAGCCCCGUCGACCCGCCUCUGGAUGUUUUCGUCCACCAAAGCAAACUGGUGAUGGAGGGUUUCCGCAGCUUAAAGGAGGGUGAGCAGGUGGAGUUCACCUACAAGAAGUCCUCCAAGGGCCUGGAGUCCCUGCGGGUGACCGGACCUGGUGGGGGACCCUGUGCAGGCAGUGAGAGGAGACCCAAAGGGAAGGUCCCACUCCAGAAACGCAAACCAAAGGGAGACCGCUGUUACAACUGUGGAGGUCUGGAUCACCAUGCCAAGGAGUGUGGCCUGCCCCCCCAGCCAAAGAAAUGCCACUACUGCCAGAGCAUCACGCACAUGGUGGCUCAGUGUCCCCACAAGGCACUGUCGCCCGCCACAGGCUCUCAGGACCAACAUGCGUCUACCUCGGCCUCCAGCCCAGGGACCGGGCCCUACCUCUGCCUUCCGGAGGAGGAGGAGCGCUCUGGCUCGUCUCCCCUGGAGGGCUCCUCCUCUUCCCCCGAGGAGCCCCACAUACACCGCGGCUCCCGGACCCAAAGGUGGAGGAAAUCCUGAAAAUAGUCCAUAGAGUUAACCUCUGACCCUCAUGUCUCCCCUCAAUCAAGGUUACCUGAAGCCCCCCCUCAUCUACCUCACACCUGUGAAAAAAAUGGGAGGUCUUUAUUUCUUUACUUUUAUUUUAUUUGUUUUUUUAAAUUUUUCUAACCAGCGCAGCUAUGGCAACGAUCAUCGGGGUACGGACGUGCGUGAAUGUGUGUGACUGACUUGCAGUCAUCUGGUGCAGCUAUGGCAACCACCGCUGGAAUGGUGACUGCAGGGAAAGACUGUUUUUCUUGUUUCAAUCUGUGCAGCUCGAGAGUGAAACAACGUGGUAUGAGUCUAGGCUUGAUGAUAGUUUUUUUUUUUUCCUUUUGUUCCCCUUGGACCUAAGUGUUGGCAAUUUUGAAUGGUUUUUGCUCUACAUGUGUUGCCGAUUUAAAGCCACAAAUUUAUAUCCUGUAAGCCUAAUCAUUCCGAGAAAUCAUGAUGCAUCCUUUUAGCACACGCGGUAGCUCAUCUUAAAAAGGAUUAGAAGAAGACUUUUAAAAGCUCGAGACCCUCUAAAGCGAUAAUCCAGACCCAUAGGACUGUUAGCCUGGCUUCUAAAGAUCUUUAGGGAAACUUUAUGGAUUCCAGAGGGAAUGUUAAAAAAAAUACACACAGUGAGCUGCUAGAAUACACUCAAUACAUACCUCUUACAUGAAAUAGACUAGACCAACUGAUUGUCAAAGUGCGAGCUUGUGCAAGACUGAGAGGAAACGUGUGUGCUUGUAUUGUGUGUGUUGUGCAUGCUCUAAAAGAAAAGCGAAACUGUCAGACUGGAGCACCUCUUCUUGAGGUGUGAGUAUUAACCCCUUCUGUUUCCCUUUAUCAUAGAUAGACACAUCUUAUAUAAGACACCAUAUUAUCCAUCUAGGUCAUAGUUUAGAAUCAAAGUAAUGAAUCGAUCAUUAGACUUCCAUUUUGGUUGUUGCAUUAUUAGUUUGAAAAUAACAUUACAGUUUAUAAAUCAUAGUAUAAGUCAUUAAUAUAUAUGUAAAGUCACGAGAUAUAAUUGAAAUUCUAUUAACUUUAAUGCAUAUAUGAGGAUUUAGCUCUGACAUAGGUGCACAGCCCUGAAUAUUGCAUGGGAUACUUUCCUGGUGUGUGAAAACUCUCUCUCUAUUUAACCGUUUUCAUUCACUGCAAAUCGAAAUGGACUUUUUAGAUAACUUACUCCAUGCCUUCUCUUAUUCAUUAGUUCAAAUACUAACUCAAAUCACCACUGACACAGCACAAAGACUCGCCAUGUUAAUAAAUGUGUAGUCUCAGACCAUUACAGUAUCAUUAUAGCUGUUUUACCUACUUAAUACCUCACUAAUUCUUCCUUUUUGGAAAUGAAUGUCAAGCUGUUUGCUCUUCCAGCUGUGUUACAGUAAGAUCGAACCACCUGUUCCUCCUCCAUCUGUGCCUACCAUUUGUUAGCCAGCACCAGCUAGGCAAUGCUCACUCCUCUAUGGGAAGAGAUGACGUCACUGCUGCUGCUGCUGCUGCUGCUGCUGCUUCAGACCCACUGAAAAGGGAGAGAGAGAGAGAGAGAGAGAGAGAGAGAGAGAGAGAGAGAGAGAGAGAUAAAGAGUGCUGCUUUUGGUAUAACUUGAAUCACAAGCAUGGCUUUAGUGGCACUUAUUUGUGACCUAACAACUCUUCUCUGACCAUACUGAAUGUGAAAAGAGCUUAUCUGAAGUCGACUCCUCACAAAAUUCAAGUCGGGUCGCUUUGGAGUUGUAUCUUAAUGUUCUGACAAAUCAAAUAACUUUGUAUGAUUAUAUCAAACUAGCUUGUGUGUUUUUAAAAGCUCUAAGUAGACAACCAACUUUUUUUUGGUAUAUUUCUAUACCAAAGAGUUUGGCUUUAUUUUUUGAAGGCAUUUAAAGUUAAGACUUGCUGAAGUGCUUGCUGUCCUUGCUCUUUCAGAAUAGGAAGGACUUAUUGCUGAAAGUGCAACAGAGCAGUUGUUUUUUUGUUUUGUUUGUUUGUUUUUUUUAAUGUACAGCUUUUUGAAUGUGUGCGUGAGUUCAAAAUCAAAUCUCAACAAUGCAGCAUGACAGAAAAAAAAGUGAAUGACCAAACCACAGAAGGAGCACAGCCCAUGCUCAGAUCUCUAUGGAAACAUCUAUUUGUAUGAUGUAUUUUUACAUUUUUACACACAAUUCCUCUCAGGAUGAUGAACUGUUCUCAGGGAAUUAACCAAAAAAAGUCUAUUUUAUUCUUUUGGGAAUCAUCCACUGACUGACUCAGCAAACUCUGUAAAGCAAUGGUGAAGAGACAUGUGUAACCGAUUCAUGUACUGAAAUUAGCAACUACCUCUUGAGUUAUACAUAGUUGUGCAUUUCUUUUCGUUUGUAUAUUUUUUGAUGAGCUUGUAUGAUUAACUUUAGGUCUCUACUUUCCUGAGGUGUUGUGUCAGAAGUUCCCUAGUGUUGCCACAGACUUCCUGGUCUUCCUUCCCAGAUUUAAUGAGUUACUUAUUUCUUUUACUGCAAACUUUUUUUUUUGUUUACAGCAAAAGCCUACCUCAUAUGUGCUGUUCCUCCACAAACUCCUUACCUCCUCCCAGGCCCUCUACCUCCUCCAUGCAGUUGUUUGUGUAUUAAAUCGCCACUUGUCGUACUAGAGUCACACAGCAUUUUCAACAAAUCAGCCCUGAAGUGGCUCGUCACUUGUGACUCCAAAUAUAUCUUACAAUCAAAGCCCUUUUUGAAGGUUUUACACAAGUUUUCACAAUGAGCAUGUGUCUCACACAUCCAGGGUGAUGUUGUUUCUGCCAGCUCUGUGUCUGUAUACACUCAUUGCUUAGCUGCAGACAGCCAGUGAGUUUACCUCAGUUUGUCAGGCUAGCUAUAGACAUGUUAAAUAUUAAAUAUUUUACAGUCGGUCUGAACACAUUUUGAAGGUACAUGGACUGUUGUUCUUAGUUUGUAAGUAUUUUAUCAUAACCAUUUUUUUGUAACCACUUGAUAUGAUUGGCUCACGGUGGAGAAAAAUAGAAUUAUACUCGGACAAGGAGUGCCUCUUUCUAUGUUUUAUCUGUCUGACCUACUACCAAAUGACAUUAUUUCCUUUUUGGGCUCCAUGCUAAUGGCCUUUGUCAGCCAUUUUUUUACAGCUUCAGAUAAUCAGAAGUUGUGUGGUUUGGAAAUGAUGCCCCUUGUUGUUCGCAAACUACAUUUGUAGUUUAGAGCGGCAUUGUUAACAGUUAACAUGAAAUCAGUAGAUUUUGUACUAAUGGUGACAUUGCAUAGAUGACAUUCUAAAAAAAUGUUUUAUGAAGAUGAAUAUUGUUAUCAGUACUUUUACAAAACUAACUCGUGAGAUUAAAAAUUGAUUUUGCAUAUGACUGCAGUAUUACAGUUCAACAGUACUCAACUGAGAGAAUCACUAUGUUGCAGUAGGCCGACAUAUGGAACUAAAAGCUUGUUAAUGCCAGUUAUGAACAAAUUACACAACCAUGGGAAAAUAUAGUUUUAUUAAUAUUAGCUUUAUAUUUUCUUCCAAUCAAUGUAACUACUGAUUGAUCUCUUGUUUAUUGUUCAGUAUUUCACACAGCCAAGAAACCCUUUUAUACGAGAGACAAAUCCCCCUAAGGUACUAAUAAUCAAAUGGUUAUCAUAAAAGUCUGUUACAGCUGCAUAUAGGGUAACAAAUUGCUAGAAUGGUGUAAUUAACACUUUUACACUUGAGCUUUGCAUCAUGUAAGCAUGAGACAAAGCAAGAAAAGAGUCUAAUCCAUGUGAUCAUGUGAAAUUUAGCAGAAUGUUCCCCACAAACACCAAAUAUUUAUGAUCCUGAAUGUACCACUUGUGUCUCAGCAGAGGGCUCAGUUGGAGUCCCAGGCCUAGGAAAGGGAACAUCCUAUUACCAAAUGCAAUUUACUGCAAGGACAAUAAGCGUCAAGAAAAGUGACAACACAUUUGACAGAUCCCAAUCCAAAUUUAAUUUAAAAUCUACCAAUCUGAGAGUGGAUGCUGGUGCAUUUCUGAGCCAGUGCACCCCACAGUGUUGGUAAUGAAGAAAUGAAGUAUCUCAUAAAGAGAGAUUGACAUGCAACACAUUAUGUGUUCAAAGAAGACCGUGCCACUCAGAUUAUAUCAUGCAAACAAAGAUUGUCACAUUUAUUUGUGAUAAAUCUGAAUCUUUCUUCUUGUGUUUUAUCCUACAUUUCAUUUUAAAGGAUUCUGUUGAACUGUGACAGCUGAAAGGAUAAUUCAGGCUUAGUAUUUGUCUGGUUUGGCGUCUUGUGCUUUUGCCUCUUUAAAAAGCUCUUUGGAAGCUUUAAUACAACUAUAUUUUAAAAACUGAACUCAUGUACUGUGAAAACCGCAUAUCUUAAAAUAUUUGAGAAAGCAUCCCUGUCUGAAAUUAGUUGUUCAACAUUUUGGGAAAUCUGUGAUUCGGAUUUGGUGGAGAGUUAGCCAGCUAACUGGACGAGAACAUGGAUAUAUGAGGCUAGUCUGACCAUAAGUAUACGGCUUCAGCUAGCGACCGGUUAGCUUAGCUAAGCAGAAGAAGAAAAAAACAUUGUAAAAGUAUCUCUGAGGUUCUAAAAAUCUGUCAGAUUGUUGGUAAACUGGUGAACACCUGUUUAAUGAGCUUUAGAAAUGCUGCUAAUAGAGUUUCAUUACGUUUUGACAUAACCAGGGCAGCCCAACUAAGCUAAGCUAAUCGCCUGCUAGCCUGAGGACGGCUAGUUACAAUGUAACGUGACAGGGCAUAGUGGGGUUACAGGGAUGACCUUAACGAUAUUUAAUGAUUUAAUAUUUUAACAACACUUAUCGCGAUUCCGACUUUAUUAGCACAAUCCCCAGAUACUCUUUUUUUUUUUUUUUUUUUACUAUGUACAUAUAAAAAUAUUCUCUCCACCGCAUAGGGUGACCAGAUCUCAAUAAACCAACUGUGGGACAAAGAGCAUAUUUGUGUGGGACAAUGUGGGACACUUACCAAAGCUGAGAGGGGGGUCUUGCAUGUAGUGUCGCUUCACGUCGUAUUCCCCACCGUGUGAAACGGAAAACGAACUCUGGCAAACUUCACAGAAAACUCUCUGAGAAUCACCUUGCACCGGCUUCACCCAGUGAUAUGUAGUUUCCCAGUCUUUGUUGAAGCUACAUCUCCUCUUCUUUGCUGUACUUUCCAUUACCUCCGCCAAAAUCCAUAGUUUAGCGUUUGUGUCUGCUUUGCGGUGUGUCGCGACCGGUCGCGACUGGCACAAUUUACGGCAACUGACAACAAGGUGCGGCAGCAAGACACUGACAGGUUAAUCUGGUCGUGAUCGCACAUCUGCGCUGUUUGACUAACAUAGAAAAAAGCCAGAUAAAAAACAAAACUCCUAGCAUCUGUCCUUUAGUUUUAACUUUUGAAAAUUACAGCUGCCAAUCAAAAUGCGGGACAGCGUCUCAAUGGGUGGGACGUGGAAAAAGGGAUGAAAAUGCUGUGCAGUUCCGCACAAAGCGGGACACUUGGUCACCCGACCACCGCACGAUAAGAAAAGUUUUAAUUCGUUUUCCAAGUUGCGCUUCUUUAUCCAUACCAAAACAAAGAUGGCGGAUAGGCCGUUUGGAAACUAAUUUUUAAAGAAUUUAUCAUUAAAUGUGUCCUCAAUAAGAUGUUUUGAAAAAAGGGAAUUUUGGAAACACCUUCAGAAAAGCAGCAAGUGUCCCCGUGUUUGUCCGACAUAGCUAUUUAUCUAUCUCUUCCAAAUAUUGCUGUUUACUCAUAUUAUUACAGUAUAUGCUAUGCUACAGUUCAUUACACUGAAUUGGUAUUUGUGCUAAGCUAAGUUAAAUUAACCUGCUGCUAGCACGUUCAUGUAUAUCUCCCAAAAUGAAAUGACCUCUUCUUUCAACUUCGUGGCUUUGUAUUUGUUAAAAAAAAAAAAAAAAAAAAAAAAAAAAAUCAAUUGAACUUGGUGGUUUAUGAGCCUUUUCUCAAAUCUUUAAGGGUGAAUUUCAGUAUCACUAAAUUUGGAGUUGCUAGGUUUUUAAUUAACUAGCACUUUGAUGCUAAUCCAGCCUGAAUACAAUAAAUUAACACAAUACAACUGGAGAAACGUAUUUGUAGCCAAAUUUAUAUAUAUUUUUUCGAUGCCUAACAGUUAAUAAAUUUAUUAAUAUGAAACCAUACAAGCCUGGGAAAAAGACUGAGCUAAAAACCAAAAAUUCUAUGAGUCAUACAUUCAUAUGACAAAUACAAAAAGCUGAAUUACCCUUCAUAAUAAAUCAAAAGGUGGAAUGUAGUAUGCCAUGAUCCUAGCCAGGGAAACCUCAUCAGUCGGCCUCCUUCAUGUAGUUGUUGAGACGACUGUAGACAGACUGAAGUUCACAUACCUCAACUGCUGCCACUGACAGCAGCGCUGUGCUUUGCCUUGACUGGAGAAACAUUGUACUGUAGUGGAUGAUCAUUUAUGAUGUUUAUUGUUUUGUUUUUGUUUUUUUUUUUUAAACUGAACUGUAUCAUGUCAGAUCCAUGUUGUGUUUAUGUACAUGAAGUCGUACUGGAACAUUGGACCUCUUAGGGACCUAUAAAUCCAACCAAGGCAGUUGAAAGUGCAGAUACCUUCCUGUAUUGAUGAUCAACCUCACAUGUUUUCCCCAUAUUUGUUUAUAUUUUUACUCUCUACAUUAUGGCCAGAGGGAGUCUUCUGUGCUGUCUUUCUCUGGAGUACGUCUAGAGCCAAGCACUGAUUGCUUUUGAAUGGGGGGAAAAUGUUGACCUAUGUGCAUAUCACUCAUUAUUUUAGCCCCAAUAUAUGUGUACUGCCUUUUUUAUUUCUGUGAAUCUUGGACUGGAUUUUUAAAUAUGUCUUAAAUGUUUCACUUGAUUGGAAAAUAAGCCUAUUAUACUGGCAUUAAAGUAUGUAUAAUUACUAGA